AUGGGUAACACCAGCACGAAAGAGAGCCGUCCCGGGCAGCCCGGCGCACCCGGUGAUCAAGGCCAAUCGUCGUCAUCGCAGCAGCCAAACGCUUCGCGCGCGCACGGACACAGCUCGAGUUCCAGACCGCGUGGCCGCUCCGGCCGCAACAACGAUCUUGGCAGCCUGCUCGGCAUCUCUGCCCAAGGUUCCGGCACCCAGCCCCCAGAACGCCGAGAAACAAGGCAGGAGCGGGAGGCCCGGCGACUGGAACGGGAUCGCCAAGCCCGGAUCGCCGAGCGCGAGCGCAGCAUGCGGGAGGAGCACGUCGAUGGCGGCUAUCUCGUGACGCUUGGCACCUACGUCGGCCCUGAAGACUUUAGCAAGCCCACCGUGCGCAUGCUACAGAUCGAGAGACGGCUUGCGCCUUUCUGGCGUGGCUUGCAGGACUUCUCGCCCACGUGGACGGAAUACCAAAUCGCUGCCGCGGCACGGGGCCUAGAUGUCCCGCCUCCCGACCAACCGCCUCCGGAAUCCUUCUUCUCCCGCCCUCCCACGUCCGCCGGCGCCCCGCCUGGUUCGCCGCCCAAAUCUGCUACCGGACAUACACUGGCCGUUCCUCAACCCGGCCCGACCGCCUCGUCUUCCCAACUCAGCGCACCUGGCACCGCCGCCACCGCCGCCACCACACCACCGUCAGGCGUCAUUCCGACCGGUUCCCUCGCCGGCACCUCCUCCCCCGCCGUCGUUAUCCCACCACCCUCCACCACUGGCGGCGCAACCACGCCUCGCGGUGGGUCCAGUUCACCGUUUAAGCCGCGUGCAAAGGCCAUCGCCGCCGCUCUUAGUAUCUCGUCGCGCAACGGCUCCUCUACCGAUAUCGCCCCCCGCGAGAUUAUGCUCCCCCACGACCCCUAUGUUAACGGCCAACCCAUCGAGGUGUUUUUGUACAAGGACGCCGACGAGUGCCCCAUUUGCUUCCUGUCCUACCCCCCUUACCUCAACCACACCCGUUGCUGUGACCAGGCCAUUUGCAGCGAGUGCUUUGUGCAGAUAAAGCGUGCCGACCCCCACUAUCCCGAAAACCAUGGUGACAGCAACAACGGCGGCGGCGGCGAAAAUGCAAAUGCCGACGGAGAGAAUCCCCAGGCCGGCAAACUCGUGUCCGAACCUGCAUGCUGCCCCUACUGCCAGCAACCCGAAUUCGGCGUCACCUAUGACCCCCCACCCUUCCGCCGUGGUCUCGUCCAUGCAUCCAGCUCCAUGACGUUGGGUAUUGGCGCCAUGGGCGCCGCGAUGUCGUCCAACAGCUCCAUCAACUCCGGUCCCUCCCCCACCUCUCUCCUGUCACCCAACACCGGAUCGCCCCCCACCGCCGCCGGCGCUGCGACGCCCGUGUCGAGACGCCGCGCUCAGUCCCUGUCGGCCAACGCCCCCAACGUCAUCACCACCGACCGUGUCCGGCCCGACUGGUCGACCAAACUUGCGAGCCAAUCCGCCCACAUUGCCCGCCGCGCAGCUGCCGCCACGGCCCUCCACACGGCUGCCUUUAUAAUGGGCGGCAACCAGGACAACCGGUCCUUCCGGGUCAGCCGCUUCAGUAGACGCAACACAUCGUCCAACAACAUCGCUGGUGAUGCUAGCCCCGUUCCGAGCGGUGGUGAUCCUGCGGCCGAUGGGGGCGGUGCCAGCGGCGGCGGCGGUGGUACCUCAGGCCCUGAGGGUGCACGGUCGAGCUCCAUGGCCAACGCCAGCGGGUCUGGACGGCGCACACGGAUGGAAGAUCUCGAGGAGCUCAUGUUUAGAGAAGCGCUGCGCCAGUCCCUAGCCACCGAAGAAGAGCGUCGCCGUAAGGAGGAGAAGGAGGAGCGGAAAGAGGCUAAGCGUCGCGAAAAGGAAGAGCGCAAGGCCGCCAAGGCCAUGGCCAAGCGUACAGGCAACAGCAGCAGCCUCUACGCCACCGGCACGGAUAGCGGCCAGAGCUCGGCGAGCGCGAGCACUCUGAGCCUGUCUGCGCUCAACAUCGGCAACCGUCGGCGUGGCAACAGUGGCGCGUCCAAUCUCCGCGUCGAAGCCAGUGUCGCCAACGCCAUGACGGCUAGCGGCAGCGGCAGCGGCAACGGCAGUGGAGCUGUCAACGCCAACUCCAACCAAAACACGGCAGCGUCGGGCAGCCCGGCCAGCAGUGGCGGCACGAGCCCGGUUGUCAGCAACCCUCCCUCAGGUCCGGCCAGCCCAACGCAGGAUCGCGACACCAUUGCUCAGGACAAUGGUUCUACCGGCAAAGGCAAGGCCGUUGAUCGUGGUGUGGGAGAUGCCGAAGCCAACGCUGACACCGCCGCCCCAACGGCCACCUCGUCGUCGUCAUCUACAGGUGCGGCGCUUCGUCCCAUUCCCUCUGCGCAAUACCCGUCUGCCGGCCCCUCCCACCUACGCCAAAUGAGCAGCGCUUCCUCCGUUUCGUCGUCCCUCCCCGACUCGGCCGGUGGCAGUUUUCCCAACGCCCUUCACCUGCAGGAUCCCCGUGCGAGCGGACUGAGUUUGGGCAGCCGCAGCAACGCCAGCGAAGACGGCGACCAUCGCGACCACCGCGACCACGACCACGACGACCCGAGCGCGAGCCCCGAGUCCCUUUUCAACUUUGGCAGCCUUGCGGCCGUUGUUGGUGUGCAGCUGGAAGGCAAGAAUGCUGGUCGGCGCUUGUCUGUCAUCGACCGCGAGGCACAGGGCCAACUCACCACAGACGCGACCGACAUCCCCACGAGCGCAUCGCCACCCAAAGAGUCGGAAUUGAAUGGCCAUGUUGAGCACGCCGAGCAUGCACCCGACACGACGAGUGCCGACAGAGGCAAGGAACACUCCGACACCUACGCCAACCUCAAGCAGCCCACCCCCCUGUCCACAUCCACCGGUGACUUCAAGCAGCCGCCCGAAGUCAUGGUCACCCCCGGCACGCCGGCACCCGCGGACGAUUUACCACUAGAAUAG